GCCAACCAAACCUAAAGCAAAGGCAAGAAAAACAAAUCCAAUUCACCAAAACCCCCCCCUACUCUCUCUCUCUCUCUCUAACAUUUUGCAUUUAAUCUCUUAAAAAUCACAAUUUUUAUCAUCUCUCUAUUUCCUUAAUCCUCCAUUUCCUUUCACCAAUCCUCAUGGAUCUACCUUGUCUAGCUCUCUCAAGAUCUCUUUAAAAAUCACUUAUAAAACCCCAAUCGCUCACUUGAUUCAACCACAGAAUUUGAAAAAUGAAAGUCCCUUGCUGCUCAGUUUGCCAAACGCGGUAUGACGAAGAAGAGAGAGUUCCUCUACUUCUCCAAUGCGGUCAUGGAUUCUGCAAAGACUGUCUCUCUCGAAUGUUCUCUGCUUCUACCGAUACAACACUUGUCUGCCCUAGAUGCCGACACGUGUCGGUCGUAGGCAACUCAGUCACCGCACUGAAGAAGAACUUCGCCGUUUUAGCUCUGCUCCAUUCCUCCUCGUCGUCUUCGGCGGCAGCGAACUUCGAUUGCGAUUACACUGACGACGAGGGUGAUGGUGAUGAAGAGGAUUUCGAGGAGGAGAGGUGUAGCCGCGGGUCCGACGCGUCGAGUUCUGGUGCCUGUGGGCCGGUGAUUGAUGUCGGGGCCCACCCGGAGGUGAAGUUGGUGAAGAAAAUUGGCGAAGGGAGGAGUAAAUCUGGCAUGGAGACGUGGACGGCGGUGAUUGGUGGCGGCGGGGUCCAUGGGAAGAAGGUGUGUAGGCACCGGGUGGCGGUGAAGAAGGUGGAGAUAGGGGAGGAGAUGGAGGUGGACUGGGUGUUAGGGCAGUUGGAGAGUUUGAGAAAGGCGGCGAUGUGGUGUAGGAAUGUGUGUACUUUUCAUGGGGUUGUAAAAAUGGAUGGGUGUUUAGGGAUUGUUACGGAUAGGUGUUAUGGUUCUGUUGAAUCGGAGAUGCAAAGGAAUGAAGGAAGGCUUACUCUCGAGCAAAUUCUAAGAUAUGGUGCUGAUAUAGCUCGAGGAGUGGCUGAACUUCACGCAGCAGGUGUUGUUUGCAUGAACAUAAAACCGUCGAAUCUUCUUUUGGAUUCAAGUGGUCGUGCGGUUGUUUCUGAUUAUGGACUUGCUGCAAUUCUAAAGAAACCUGCCUGUAGGAAAGCUCGAUCGGAGUGUGAUUCUGCAAAAAUCCAUUCAUGCAUGGACUGUACAAUGCUUAGUCCAAGCUAUACAGCUCCAGAGGCAUGGGAGCCAGUAAAGAAAUCAUUGAAUCUGUUCUGGGAUGAUGCAAUAGGUAUAUCCGUGGAGUCAGACGCCUGGAGUUUUGGUUGUGCUUUGGUGGAGAUGUGCACCGGUUCUAUCCCGUGGGCUGGUUUAAGUGCAGAUGAAAUUUAUCGAGCUGUUGUGAAGGGUCGAAAGUUGCCUCCACAGUAUGCAAGUGUAGUAGGUGUUGGAAUGCCUAGAGAAUUGUGGAAGAUGAUUGGAGAAUGCCUACAAUUCAAAGCAUCGAAAAGGCCAGCAUUUAGUGCAAUGUUAGCAAUAUUCCUCCGUCAUUUGCAAGAGUUGCCACGCAGCCCUCCCGCAAGUCCUGAUAACAGCUUUGCAAAAUAUCCUAGGUCAUAUGUGAAGGAACCUCCCCUUGCUUCUGAUUUGGAGGUAUUUCAGGAUAACCCUGGCCAUCUACAUCGAUUAGUGUCAGAAGGGGAUGUUAGUGGCGUUAGGGAAUUACUUGCAAAGGUUGCAUCACGAAAUGACAAUUUCCCAAUAUCUAUGCUAUUAGAAGCGCAGAAUGCUGAUGGCCAAACUGCUCUUCAUCUAGCUUGCAGACGUGGUAGUUCAGAGCUUGUUAGGGCUAUAUUGGAGUACAGAGAGGCAGAUGUUGAUGUAUUGGACAAAGAUGGGGAUCCUCCGCUUGUUUUUGCUUUAGCUGCAGGAUCCCCAGAAUGUGUUCGUGCUCUCAUUGAAAGAGGGGCUAAUGUAAGAUCUAGGUUGAGGGAAGGUUUUGGUCCAUCUGUUGCUCAUGUUUGUGCAUACCAUGGCCAACCUGAUUGCAUGCGUGAGCUGCUAUUGGCUGGAGCUGAUCCGAAUGCAAUUGAUGAUGAAGGUGAAUCUGUAUUGCACAGAGCUGUUUCCAAGAAAUAUACAGAUUGUGCUCUUGUUAUACUGGAAAAUGGGGGUUGUGGGUCCAUGGCUGUCCCAAAUUCAAAAAAUUUGACGCCAUUGCACUUGUGUGUAGCAACAUGGAAUGUGGCUGUUGUGAGAAGGUGGGUAGAAGUUGCAUCCCCAGAAGAAAUUGCUGAUGCCAUUGAUAUACCAAGUCCUGUUGGAACUGCAUUAUGCAUGGCGGCUGCUGCGAAGAAAGAUCAUGAAACUGAAGGGAGAGAACUUGUGCGAAUAUUACUUUUUGCUGGAGCAGAUCCAACUGCCCAAGAUGCUCAACAUGGGCGAACAGCCUUACAUACUGCUGCUAUGGCAAAUGAUGUUGAAUUGGUCAAAAUUAUUCUUGAUGCUGGAGUGGAUGUAAACAUUCGGAACGUGCAGAAUACAAUACCUCUCCAUGUAGCCUUGGCAAGAGGGGCAAAGUCAUGUGUUGGGUUGCUCUUAUCUGCAGGGGCAAAUUGUAAUAUGCAGGAUGAUGAAGGGGACAAUGCUUUCCACAUAGCAGCUGAAACAGCAAAAAUGAUACGUGAGAAUCUUGAAUGGCUCAUCCUUAUGCUCAGGAAUUCUAAUGCUGCUGUUGAAGUUAGAAACCACAGUGGUAAGACACUCCGUGACUUUUUGGAGGCCCUUCCUCGGGAAUGGAUUUCUGAAGAUUUGAUGGAGGCACUUGUGAAUAGGGGAGUUCAUCUAUCUCCUACAAUAUUUGAAGUGGGGGAUUGGGUGAAGUUCAAAAGAAGUGUCACUACUCCUACGCAUGGGUGGCAAGGUGCAAAACACAAAAGUGUAGGCUUUGUGCAAACUGUUGUGGACAAGGACAACCUUAUUGUGUCAUUUUGCUCUGGAGAGGCUCGUGUGCUAGCCAAUGAAGUUUUGAAGGUGAUUCCUUUGGAUAGGGGACAGCAUGUCCAGCUUAAGCAAGAUGUCAAAGAACCACGGUUUGGCUGGCGUGGUCAAUCACGUGACAGCAUCGGAACUGUUUUAUGUGUUGACGAUGAUGGCAUUCUUCGUGUUGGAUUUCCGGGAGCAUCUAGAGGAUGGAAAGCUGACCCUGCCGAGAUGGAAAGAGUCGAAGAAUUUAAGGUGGGUGACUGGGUUCGCAUCCGGCCCACACUUACAACUGCCAAGCACGGUCUUGGAUCUGUCACACCUGGGAGCAUUGGUAUUGUGUAUUGUAUUAGACCAGAUAAUAGUCUUUUGUUAGAGUUGAGCUAUCUUCCAAAUCCAUGGCAUUGUGAACCAGAGGAGGUUGAGCCUGUUGCUCCUUUCAAGAUUGGUGACCGGGUGUGUGUGAAGCGAUCUGUUGCAGAACCUAGAUAUGCUUGGGGCGGCGAAACACAUCACAGUGUUGGAAGAAUUAGUGAGAUAGAGAAUGAUGGCUUGCUUAUAAUUGAAAUACCAAAUCGACCUAUACCAUGGCAGGCUGAUCCAUCAGACAUGGAAAAGGUUGAAGAUUUUAAGGUUGGGGAUUGGGUUAGAGUGAAGGCUUCAGUAUCUUCUCCAAAGUAUGGAUGGGAAGACAUCACACGGAACAGUAUUGGGGUAAUUCACAGCCUGGAAGAGGAUGGUGACAUGGGUGUGGCAUUCUGUUUCAGAAGCAAGCCUUUUUGUUGCUCUGUGACAGAUGUUGAAAAGGUGCCUCCUUUUGAAAUGGGACAAGAGAUACAUGUCUUGUCAUCUGUGACUCAACCACGUCUUGGAUGGUCAAAUGAAAGUCCUGCAACUGUUGGAAAGAUUGUGAGAAUUGACAUGGAUGGAGCUUUGAAUGUGAGGGUUACUGGCAGACAUAGCUUGUGGAAAGUUUCUCCUGGAGAUGCAGAAAGGCUUUCGGGAUUUGAAGUUGGUGAUUGGGUACGUUCCAAACCUAGUUUGGGGACCAGACCUAGUUAUGAUUGGAAUAGUAUUGGGAAGGAAAGUUUAGCUGUUGUACACAGCAUACAAGAGACAGGUUAUCUAGAACUGGCUUGUUGUUUCCGUAAAGGAAGAUGGAUUGCUCAUCACACAGAUAUUGAAAAGGUACCUUGUUUCAAAGUUGGGCAGCAUGUUCGGUUUCGAACUGGACUGUCGGAGCCGAGAUGGGGCUGGAGAGGGGCUCUGCCUGAUUCGCGAGGCAUAAUCACCUCUGUUCAUGCUGAUGGAGAAGUGAGGGUUGCAUUCUUUCAUUUGCCAGGGUUGUGGAGAGGAGAUCCUGCAGAUCUCGAGGUUGAACAUAUAUUUGAAGUGGGUGAGUGGGUGAAACUGAGGGAAGAUGUUAGUAACUGGAAAUCUGUUGGACCAGGCAGUGUGGGUGUUGUACAGGGUAUAGGAUAUGAUGGAGAUGAGUGGGAUGGAAGCAUAUAUGUUGGUUUUUGCGGGGAGCAAGAAAGAUGGGCGGGGCCUACUUCCCACCUUGAAAGAGUUGAAAGACUCAUGGUUGGGCAGAAAGUUAGGGUUAAACUUUCUGUGAAGCAGCCAAGGUUUGGGUGGUCAGGCCACAGUCAUGGAAGUGUUGGAACCAUAUCGGCAAUUGAUGCUGAUGGGAAGCUGAGAAUAUACACUCCAGUAGGCUCCAAGACUUGGAUGCUUGAUCCAUCAGAAGUGGAGCUGGUAGAGGAUGAAGAACUUCACAUUGGAGAUUGGGUGAAGGUUAGGGCAUCCGUUUCAACACCAACACACCAGUGGGGAGAAGUGAAUCAUUCAAGCACUGGAGUGGUGCAUCGGAUGGAAAAUGGGGACCUAUGGGUUUCAUUCUGUUUCCUGGAGAAGCUGUGGCUUUGCAAGGCUUUGGAAAUGGAACGAAUUAGACCAUUCAAAGUAGGCGACAAGGUGAAAAUUAGAGAAGGUCUGGUAACACCUCGGUGGGGGUGGGGAAUGGAGACUCAUGCAAGCAAGGGCCAGGUAGUUGGGGUAGAUGCAAAUGGAAAGUUGAGGAUUAAGUUUCAUUGGAGAGAAGGGAGGCCAUGGAUCGGAGAUCCUGCUGACAUUGUUCUUGAUGAGAGCUAAUAUUGAAUAUAAGGGCUUCAUGGCACCCUCUCCACCCUCUCCUCGGUCCUUUUUUUAUUUCAAUUUGCUUCUCGAGCUACUGAGUUAUGGGCUUGCAGCACCAUAGAAGAAUCAACUUUGUUUCAGCAGCAGUAUUUGAUACAGAUAUGAUUAGAACUUCUGUUUGACCCUUUGUCUGUAAAAGGGAAUUGUUUGCUGAUAAAAAGAAGACGUACAGAGACGGAUACGAGGAGCAUGGAGAAAAAGUGGCAUGCCUUGCUAUUAAUUAUAACACAGAUGACAGAGCAGGCAAGAAAAAUAGUAGCUGUAGGCCAUUUGUAUCUCAUAAUAGAUGACAUUGGUAGUUGAUGAGCCUUUUUUGAGGUAUACAUGUCGGUAUCUAUUUGUUUUUUUGUACAAAUUAAACCCAUAUAAAUCUGGCUGAGCUGUUGCUCUUUCAAGCCAUUCUCCGUUUAAA